CUCGACCUUGCUCUACAGUCAACACCGACAUCAACCAAUUGUAACCUCCGAACGCAUUCACCCUUGUCUACCAUGCCGCCGCCCAAGACCAUUUUCACCUCGCACGAACGGAACAAUCUAAAGACAAGUUGGGGCUCACAGUCCAGCCGUCUCACGCGCGACUCCUUCCUACCAUUCGGCUCCUGCCAGCUAUGCCUGGAGAUCGCAGUAGAUCCAGUAUGCUGUCCCUCUGGCGACAUGUUCUGCCGCGAAUGCGCAAUGUCGAACCUCCUCGCGCAGCGCAAGGAAAUCAAACGCUUAGAAAAAGUCGCAGCGCGCCGCCAGGAAGAUGAGGAAGAACAGCGCGCCCGAGACGAAGAAGAAACGCGCCAACGCGCCGUCGCGGAAUUUGAGGCGGUGCAAAUGGGUCUGGAAGUCAAGAUCGGAAGUGGAGGCAAAGUCAUUGGGCGGGAAAAAGGAAAAGUCAUCGUAGAACAAGACACCGCCUCCGAUGCCCCCUCUUCGCGGGGUCAAAAACGCAAAUUCGAAAUCGACGAAGACGAGCUCAAACGCGUCGCCUCCGAAGAGCGCAGCCGCGCCAAACUCGCCCUCGAGGCGGAGAAGGAAGCCUCCAAACCACAUCUCCCCAGCUUCUGGGUCCCUGGCAAGACCCCCGACAAAAAUUACGCCCGCGAAGACACCUCAAAACGGCACCCGACAUGCCCUUCGAGCUCUGCCGAUAACCCACAUCUCUUGUCCCUAAAAACCCUCGUCACCGUCUCCUUCAACACAGACAAAUCAGCGUCUUCAAAAUCCGAUAAGUCAAGCGCUACGUGUCCAAGCUGCAACAAGACCCUAACCAACGCUACCAAAGCCAUGCUGGCGAUUCCCUGCGGUCACGUCAUGUGCAAGCCCUGUGUUGACCGCUUUAUGAGACCUGAACUUCGCCACCACCGCGAUGCGCACGACGAUGGGCCCGAGCCGGAGUCCAUUCACUGCUACGUAUGCGACGCAGACCUCACUAGCGGGGUGGGGAAGAAAGAUAAGGAUGGUAAAAAGAGUAAAAAGGACAAGGAUAAGGGGGUUAAACCUGGAUUAGUGGAGAUUCGUAGUGAAGGGACUGGAUUCGCGAGCGGUGGGAAAGCUAUGGUGAAGCGGCAGGGUGUCGCGUUUCAAGUUUAA